UUUUUUGGUAAUGGAUGCGCUCUCGUACUCUUUCUUUUUUUUAUAUUCCGCUUAAGCUUAAAAUGUAUUUUUGCAUUUUUAUACGCUUUUCUCUUUCUCUUCAAUGCUUUUUUUCAACUCAAACCCCAACGACAUCAGUCUUCGUCUUUCCAUUAGUUCUCUUGGACAAGAUAACUCGGUAGCUUUUGGUCCUGGAUCUAUUAUCAAUGGAUCUGUUUAUUUGAAAACAGAGGGACCAAUUCAAAUACAACAACUAGUGAUUUUAUUUCAAUGUCAAGUCAUUCGAAAAGAACAUCAGCAACAACACCACCAAAUGCCUACUACAACUACACUUUUCUCUGUCAAGGAAUAUGUCUCAUUCGACAAUACUGAUACAAUUCAUGACAAUACGACAAUAAUGUUACCAGCAGGAAGCCAUAUGAACUUGUUUGCCAUCCAACUUCCUUUGGUGAAUUACCCUCCUACUAUUACUGAUACUUCCUUUCAUGGUGAUCACUACACUAUCAACUAUACAAUUCAGGCUCUAUUAGAAAGACCAGGUGAACCUACUAUCUUCUCUCCCGUUACACCUAUCAUGUAUUUACCUCUUGUGGAAGCUACUACUAGUGAGACAGCUGUUUUAACAAAUAAUAUCGAACACCAAUCUGCAUCAACAACCAACGAUUCUUCUAUUGUUGAAAUGGAAGCUUAUACGAUGCAACCUACUUAUUGCCCAGGUGAUGAAUGUACCAUCCAAUUGAAAAUCACCAACAAGACGGAUCAAAACAUUAGUCAAGUAUAUGUUACAUUUGUCACCCAACUCAUUACUGAUCGCCAACAGCUCGAACAAGUUCUCUAUCAUCAAUCCGUUUCAGUUUCAAUCCCAAGGCACGCAACCGAUCAUAUGGAAAUGAUAUCUCUUCCAAUUGCACGACAUUGUCUUCCAUCUUUCCGUUACGAUUGCCAUGGGAUUAAAUUUCAUCUGGAACACACUAUCAUCAUCAGUUUGUCACCAUUGCAGCAACGCCACAAACAUACAAUAUCUGAUCAACCGUCCUUCUCUUCCUUUACAACAACUCGUCUUCUCUCAUCUUUGACAUCAUUCUAUAACAAGGGCGACAAUCAUGCUUCAUCUUCCAUCCCAACGUCAGCCACGCCACUUUUUAUACCCAUCACUAUUAUCACUGCGCCUCGUCCAAAAACAAUCCUACGUGAAAAGGAAAAAGUGCCUAUACCUCCAUCCACUGGUCAACAUACCACCCAACUGCAGCAUGCCGUAUCCACCAAUAAUUUGCCUAUAUUUUUACAAGUUCCUGCGUCACCAUGUCAAGCACCUUUUACAUAUGAUGAUGACAAAUACUCGGUAUCUCCGUCCAGCUCCUUCUGUCUCAACGGUGAUAAUGAUGAUCUGGAUGAAAAUGCACACUCAGACCAGUAAGGGAAGUUGGACCAAAUCGACUUGUUCGUCCUAUCUUCAGCAACAUCACCUCACUAUGAUGACAUAAAUCAAUUCUCUCUCUCUUUUUUUUUUUUUUAUAUAUAUACGACCUUCUAGCGACUGAUGAUAUCCAUGGAUCGAUAUUCCUCUAGUAGUAUAGUUUAGCUUGAUUCCAUUGAUUUGAAAUAAAAGUUUUUGACCAAUUUUAUUCCUUG